CGCGCUUCGAAGCAUGGCGACCGCGGCUGGUUCAAAAAUAUUUCAGAAUAUCCCUGUACCUAUCUUAUUCAUACUUAUUUCCUGCUUGGUUUCCUUCGGAAAAGCAAAUUUCAGACAAUUUGCGGACGAGCCUCUGCAACUAGUUAAACCAGACCUAAACCACAAAAGGCUCGUGUUGGUGAAGGAAAAUAUAAAGGUCGUGUCUAAAAUUGAGGGGCCCGUGGCGACCAUAGCCGUCGUCGGGAAGUUCCACUCCGGCAAGUCUUUCCUCAUGAACCAACUGAUGGGGAAGACCAAGGGAUUCGGAAUAGGCCCCACGGUCCGACCUGAAACGAUGGGCAUCUGGAUGUGGGGACAGCCACUGAAGGUCAGGCUACCCUCAGGGCAGAAUUUAUCUCUAAUCUUCUUGGACACUGAAGGCUUUGCCGCAAACAAUGUCUCUGAAAACUAUGAUGCCAAGAUUUUUGCUGUUGCAACCCUUAUCAGCUCGCACCUGAUCUACAACUCAGUCAAGAUAAUCGACCAAGCUGACAUUGACUACCUGGAGCUGUUGGCCAGACGCACACAGCUCUUUGCCUUGCGGUCGCAAUUGUCUCGUGCCAGAUGGAACGACGGUUUCGUCCAUGAUCUGCUCAGCUUUCCGCCACUGCUUUGGGUAAGUUUGUGAAAGCAAUCUUCCUGUUUAAUCUGUGCAUUAGUCACGUUUAGU